AUGAAGGUCCUUCUAUAUCUUACCACCUAUGUUGGUGUAGCAGCUGCAGCUCUACCAAACAGUUGGUAUUCCGAUAUCGUAGAUGGUGCGUUCAUCUACGAGUUUGAAAAUGGCUAUCAGAGCCUCUCUGAGUGCCAGUCUUCAUUUGGUGAAGAAGCCACAGUACGCAAGUCUUUUGAUUCCGAGCUCUUCCAUGGCGCGUCUGUCCAGUUGAAGAACGGAACCAAUGUGGAACAGGCCAUGGUGCAAAUCUCCGAAUCUACCAAGAUCAAGAACUACUGGCCGAUGCACAAGAUUUAG